AGGAGAGUUGACAAAGUCUUCUGGUGUCAUUCCAAGGAAUUUAUUCGUCUACGUGUUUUAUUUUGAAAUUAAGAAAUUACGGAGAAUGAUCGAUGUGCGACCUGUGAUUAGACUUGGAUCGAUAAAUAUGGAAGUUGAAGGUAUCCAUGGCUAGCUUCUAUUAUAUAUACAUACAGAUUACCGCAUGAUCAUAUCUUCAGUGUUCUUCUCAUUUUCUAAGCCCGCAAAUUACCAAUAUUCCCUUCCACAAUUCAGCUUCUAAAUCUCUUGAAUUGCAUUAAUGGCCACCCAAACACCCUCUUCAUCUACUUCAGAAGUUAGUACGAACAGAGAAAGAGAUGAUUCAUCUUCGCCUCGAUGGAAAUAUGAAGUUUUCCUUAGUUUCUAUGGCAAAGACACUCGCAAGGGUUUUACGGAUCAUCUACAUGCUGAUUUAAAACGGAAAGGCAUUCUCGUCUUUAGGGAUGAUGAAGCACUCAAGCGAGGAGAAUACAUUUCUCAAGCGCUUCUGAAAGCAAUUCAAGAAUCACAAUACGCGAUCGUCAUUUUCUCUGCAAAUUAUGCUUUGUCCAAAUGGUGCCUCAUGGAACUUGCUGAGAUAGUUGAAUGGGAGGAAAAGAAAAGGCUCAUAGUUCUUCCUAUUUUCUACCAUGUGGAUCCUUCUGACGUGAGAAAUCAGAGUGGGUCUUUUGCAGAAGCGUUCACUGCACAUGAAAAAGAUCCCAAGAUAGACAAGAAAGAUACGGAUAUGUGGAAAAAUGCUUUGAGAAAAGCCGGCAGUAUCGCCGGAUGGCACAUACACGACGGGUAUGAAUCAACAAUUAUACAAGAAAUCAGCGGACGUCUAUCUCGUGAGUUGAAUUCCAAAUUCUCACGUCAUGAUUAUGAUAAACUUGUUGCAAUAGACUCCCAUGUAGACAAAAUGAUGGAGUUAUUGGAUAUGGAAUCGGAUGAUGUUCGCUUCGUAGGAAUUCAUGGGAUGGGUGGCGUUGGUAAGACAACGCUGGCCGAAAUAAUUUAUGAUAGAGUUUCUUCUGAUUGUCGAUUUGAAGGAAGCAGCAUUAUUUCUUGUGUUAGAAAAAACUCUGCUACUGCUUGUGAUCUAUCUUCUUUACAAAAAGAACUCCUUUCUACAAUCAUGCAAGAGGAAAUACAUGUAUACAAUCAUCACCAGGGAAUUGGGAUGAUAAUGAAGAGGCUGCAGAAUAAAAGGGUUUUUAUCGUCCUUGAUAAUGUGGAUAGCGACAAGCAACUAACGGCAUUAGCAGGGGAUCGGAAAUGGUUUGGUCCAGGGAGUAGGGUGAUUAUAACUAGCAGAGAUAGUCAUCUAUUGAGAACACAUGAAGUGAAGCAUACCUAUAAGGUUAAGCCGCUUGAAACAACAAAAGCUUUGCAACUCUUUAGUUUGUCAGCCUUCAAGAAAACCCAUCCAAUAGAGGAUUACAAGGAUCUAUCUAUGGAUUUUGUAAAUUAUGCUCAAGGCCUUCCUUUAGCUCUUAAAGUUUUGGGUUCCUUGUUAUUUGGGAGAAAAAUAGAGGCAUGGAAAAGUGAGAAAGAUAAACUAAAAGCAAUUCCUGAUCCAAAUAUUAUGGAUGUACUUCAAAUAAGUUUUGAUGGGCUGCAGGAAUCGCAAAAAGAGUUAUUUCUGGAUCUGGCGUGUUUGUUCCGAGGACAACAUAUGGUGGAUGACAAAUUUUAUGAGAUGUUGGAAAGUUUUGGUCAUUAUCGCAUCGACAUUGACGUUCUCGUUGAGAAGUCCCUCAUAAGCAAAUCACAAAUUGGAUGGUUGUCCAUGCAUGAUUUGCUAGAAGAACUGGGCCGGGAAAUAGUUCGCCGUGAAUGCCCUCAAGAACCAGGAAAACGUAGUAGACUAUUUCGUUUGGAGCAUCUCUAUCAAGUACUGAAGAAUGAUACUGGAACUGAUGCAAUUAAAGGCAUAGUCAUGGAUUUUUGUCCUAAAACGGAACACACACUCAACGCCAAAGCAUUGCCAAAAAUGAGAAAAUUGAGAUUUUUUAAAUUCCAUCAUUCUCAAAAUAUAAAAUGGGAUGGAUACCCUUUAGAACACAUGCCAACCAAUGAGUUGAAACGCCUAGAGUGGUCUGGAUAUCAUUUGAGAUCCUGGCCGAGCAGUUUCCAACCAAAAAAUCUUACUGUACUGAGGAUGCCUUUCAGCCACAUCACACAACUAUGGAAGGGCUCGAUGGAUUUAGACAAUUUGAAGGAAUUAGAUCUGAGCCAUUCUGAGAACUUGAUUGAAAUACCAGAUUUGACAGGAGCCCCAAAUCUUGAGAACAUAAACCUGUAUGGUUGUAAAAGCUUGUGUGAGGUCCACCCAUCCAUCGGAAGUCUCAAACGAUUAAAACGAUUUUCACUUCUGCUAUGUUCAAGCCUUGAGAAGUUGCCAGACCUGAGUAAGUUGGAAUGCCUGAAAUAUUUUAGGGCAACGAAAACUGCUAUAACACAAAUACCAUCUGUCAAUCUACUCCCCAAGAGCAAUUGUUGGUUUAGUCUUCAAGGACGCAAGUUGAUGAGAGAUCCCACCUAUGAUAUCGGAUCACUUGUAGAAUGUUAUAUGGAAGGAAAACAUGGGGUGCAAGUAGUGUGCAUUGAUUUUGACGGCAAAGCAGAAAAAAUUUUAGACGUCGCAGGUGGAAUUGUUGGGAAAUUAUAUGGCGAUGCGAUGAUGAUAAGUGGGUGGUCGCUGGGAUUCAAUAUCCCGGAGUGGGUCCGGUAUAGAAGUAAUGGCUCCUCUGUAACGAUAGAUUUGGAUGGUAUUACGAAUCCGUAGAUGGGGUGUGCUCUCUUUAUUGUUUGUGAUUCUGAUGAAUUCUAUCCCCUUGAUGAAUAUACUUCAAUUUCUUCGUUAUUCAACGAUUUGACUCAAUUUUCAAGGGUGCGUCUUGACUUAUUGUUUGAGAGGGAUGAAGAAGAAUAUUGGGAAGAAUGUUCUUUUGAUGAAGAAGAAUAUUGGGAAGCAUGUUCUUUUAGUUACAAAUAUAUGCCUCCUCUCUUGGACGAUUGUUUAACUAAGGGUAUUGGAUUCUGGGUGUAUAUACCGGCAGUUUUGCAAUUUUUGCAGUUUUUGAAUAUACGAAGGAGGCUCAUUAAGAUUUCAUUUGAAGCAUGCUUGUUUGAUGACAACCGUAUGAUGGGUCAAUGGAUAAAAGUGAAAGAAUGCGGGGUGCAUUUAGUAUGUCCAAAUGAUGGUGCCAAGUCAGAGUUCUUUAAUAGCAUUGCUCCUUUUCGCCGUUCGGUAUCUUCAGAUUCGGAUUCAAAUUCAGAUUUCCAUCGUAUAUAUAGUGCUGUUAUUCAAAAGAAAGAGGAAGCGGGAAUUGUAGAAUUUAGUUGAGUGAACUCAGUGGAACUAUUUCAUUGACCAUUCAGAGAGAUGUGCGAAAAUUUUGAGGAUCUUAAACUUUAAAAUCCUCAAAUAAUGUUAUCUACUAUUAAUUUGCAGUGGAUUUAAAUUUACCAUUUACCAAAAAGGCUUUUUGUUUGUUUUUUUUUUUUUUUUUUAUUCUGGAUAGCUUUUUAUUCAGAAACAGUACUGGUUCAUAAAAUUCUUAAGAUGGAAAACUAUAGCUAUUCUUUCUGUUGGUGUUUAUAAGUUUAUUGUGCAUUAGAAUUUCAAUGUUCUAUAGUUUCUUGUGCUUCAAAGUAUCACGAGAUGUGUAUCUUAAUUUGCAAAAUACUUCUACUAUUAGGAAUUA